UUGAACUGAGGUUAUGUUAUUGAAAGUCCCAUAAUUAAAAAAAAAUAGUAUAUUGUAAUUAUACGCAUUUAUAGACUAGAAAUGACUGUAAAACCAAGAGAGAAAGUUGAAAGUGACGACGAUCCAGUGGAGUCGAUGUUAAAAAAGGCUGGUUGCCUGGACUUACAUUAUAAAGUUCAGGAAUGUAUAAAUACAACAAAGGAUUGGAGAAAAUGCCAAGGAGAAGUGAAUGAUUUCAGAUUAUGUAUCACAAAGCACAAGGAUGAAAUGAUUAGAAUAAAAAAUUAAUGCCUAUUUAUAUUAUGAUUUAUGUAAAUAAAUAUUUGUUAGUUGAUGUGUUUAAUACUAAAAUAGUUAACUAUGUAAAAUAUAUUUUAUUUAAAUACAUAUUAUUUUUAAAUAAAUGUAAAUAAUAAAAUGUUAGAAAUGGUUUUUU